GAAAGUAGGGAGAGCGAUGUUAAAUUUUUGUCGCUCGAAAAGCAAAAAAAAAGAAAUCGUUUUAAAUAAAUAAAUUUAAAGUAUUUCUCUUCAGUUUACUAAACUGAUAUAAAACAAAACAAAAUUGUCUAAUAUUCAAAACUAACAUCCAAAUGUCCAUUCUGUGAGCAAAGAAACAAACACAACCCAACAAGAAAAAAAAGAAAGAAAUGAUUUCUUCUUCCUCACCUGCUGACCCCACAGCUGCCACUGGUCCAUUGGGAAUUGCUGCCGAAAAAAACAAACAAUGGCAGCGCGAAUUGCUAAUGGAGAAAAUCCGUUCGCACUCGUCCCAACACAAAACCUUCCAGGAGCUCUCCAAAUCCAUGCGAUUGUCAAUGUUAGAAAAGCGUUACGCUCUCGACGCAGUCGAAAAGUCAAAUCUGCAAAAAUGUCUCGACUCAAUGCAACAUUGUAUUAAAGUCACUUCCCGCCAGGGUUUAGUUGAACGUUUAGAGUCAUUAUCUCGACAAUUAGGCCUCAAAUUCAUGGAAGACAAAUCGGGUUUAUUCAUUUCCACUGACAUGUUUUAUUUAGAGAUUAUUCUCGAUUCAAAUGGCUCUCUGACUGAUGUCAAAGUCCAUCACGAAUGCAAGAUUGAACAACAAUCUUGUAGCGAAUUAGUAAACUGUCUCAAUCGUGGAGACUUUGCUGACUUUACCGUCCAAUUGGAUGGUCUAACAUCGAUCUAUCAGCUCAAUGCUGAGCCAAAAGUAAAGACUAAAGCAUUCGUUGCACUGCAGGCAAUGGAAACGGAUCUUUAUAGUCUUUAUCAGGCUCAAAACUUUGCCAAUGAUGCCAAGGCAAUCUUAACCGAGUCAUCAGUUGGGAUAGCUUUGCGAAGACGUGGUGGUCAUCCAAUGAGAUUGACUUAUUUCGUAUCGCCAUACGAUUUGAUUAAUCUCGAGAUGAAAUCAAUGAUUCCACUGACCGUUGAUUUGGUGACGAGUAAAAAUCUGGGCAUGAGUGUGACUGUGAAUUUGGAAGCUUCGUCGGCGAAUAAGUUGCAAAUUCUGCCAACGGUUUCAUUCACGAAAGAAGGAAUGACUGAUGUACCAGUUUAUUCGCCUUUGACACCACAGAAUUCGACACUUUUGCCAGCGACUUUUGUGUUGCGGCUGAAUACACCACUGCCAGUGUGUCAGAAUUUGCUGCGCACCAUUAUGCCGGUGCAGACGACAACUGAACCGGGUGGUGCCGGUGCUACGGCAGUUGUACAGGGAGAAAGUAGUACGAUGACAUCAUCGAUUAUGAAAUUGGUCAUACAAACUGCAUCGGAGAAUCAAUUGCAAAAUUCAUCAAAAGGAUUGUUUGUUUGUCUUCCCGAUCAGACUCAUUGUUAUUUUUUUACGGAAAAUAAACAAAUGAAGGCAUCAAUUGUUUCAAGUGUGCCAUUUACUGAACCAUCUCAAGUGCCCAAGAUACUUGCCGUACUUAAAAAGCAUGCACUCUUUUAUACUCUUCUAUCUAGCUGUGUCCGGCCUCAGACUAAAAUGGGAGACCUCGAAUCGACAACUAUUCUUGAGGUAAAUGCGAUUUCGUUUAGUCAAAUAUCCGUAGCCCUCGAACAUCCCUACGAAGAAUCCAUGGCAACUGUCGAAUUUAAUUUGAAUGAACUAGGUUUAGUAACAUGCGAAAUCUACUCACUUUCCAACAACUAUGAAUCAUUGGCAGCAAACCUCACCCUAAUCGUGCAAACGAGUAUGUCAAUUCCAAUAACAAUUCGAAGUCUACUUAAAUACUGGCAUCAGGAGCGUAUGAAGUGUUUUCAACGCGGCAAUGGCAACGAAUAUGGGAAUUUUAACCUUGGCCAAGGUCCAAUUGAUCCUGGAGGUCGAGGUGGUGAUUUUCGUGACAUAAAAGGUCCCAAACCAGGAGGCACUGAUCGCGGAGGAUCAAAUUUUGGUGCUGGCAAUAAUCGGCCAUUUUUUCAUGCCACCGGUAUAACCGGCACUGGAGCUGAGGGAUUUCCCGAACUAUCAUCCUCAGUUGGACCAGUGGCUGGGACAAACAGUCUCAUUAAAACACAAUUCAAAUCCGAAGUUAAGCAAGAGGAUUUUUGUAAAAGCCCAAAGAGUAACCAUACAUUGCAGUCUGAUAUUAGCAGCAACGACUCCAGCUCUUUGGGCACAUUGUCAGCAGCACAACAACAAACUUGCAGCAACACCCAAGAAUUAUCUACCUAUUCUGCUGGGGUUGCUGCUAAUGUAGCUACUGCUGUUGCAUCCGGAGUCGCUGUACCAACAACACCAUCCACAACCGCCACAUCGACAAAUCUUUUAAAAAGCGAUCAAGAUCGAAGCGCCGAUAUUGCUGGAAAGUACCAGAAAAUCUGGAAAGACAAAACCAAUACUGUAAAAAACACUGUCAGCAUUACUCCGAUCACAACUACGACUCCUGCCAUGGAUUCGGCGGUUAAUCCAUCACAAGGAAAUCUAGAAAAGAGGCCAGGAAUUGAGAUAAUUCCUUUGACCACACCACCAUCACAAAAUUCAGUAUCAUCUACAAUUACUAUUACUCCAAUUAAUCCAACGUCAACUGCUCCACCAUCAAUUCCCACUGUCUCGAUAACUGGGGUUAAAAGCUCAGAAAAGAAGAGUUCAAGUUCAAGUAAACGCUCAGCUGACGAUAAAGACAGCAAGAGUGAGAAGAAGCGAAAGAAAAAGCGUGAAGACUCGCCAAUGGGUCCACCAGAAAAAAUGUUUUCCCGCCAAAACUCGCCAGCAUCCGAUCCCAUAUCUAGAAAGUAUUCUCCACAGACAACCCCUUGUAUGGGUUUGCCAGGCACCAAACCAAGCCCAAAACACUCUCCAGUAUACACAAGUCCUAAGCAUGCUUCGUCCAGCCCCAAGAGUCCCUUUGGCACAUUAUCCCCCAAACACGGAAGUUCAGGAAAGCCCAGUAUGUCUACUCUGAAGAACGCCACAAGCCCAAAAAGUGAAAAAUCCACACUCGCACUGCCCACACGGCCCCUGUCUUCGCCAGGGUUGUCCUCUUCAAAAAACCGGGAUAAAGACGGCAAAGAGAGAUUGCUGAGUGUCCCCAAUCCGAACUCCAAAACUCCCACAAGUCCAAAAGUCAAAUCGGCAACGAUAAAACUGAAGCCUCUCGACGUAGGCAAUCACUUGGGGUUUUCAGGGUUAUCUGAUGAAAGUGACAAAGCCCGCAAAAGCUCAUUAAAUGCCGUGAUAGACAAACUCAAAUCUUCCCAAAACUCUUCCGACGGUACCGAUAAGCUAACCAACUCUGGCAAUGCUAGUGAUUCAACACCAACUACUCCUGGCACUCCUGGCUCGGAGUACAUGGUGAAACCCGGUCAAGAUGGUAUCAAGAUCACAAUCAACAAGACAAAAACAAAGGAUGGUGGUGGAGGUAGUAGCAAUUUCAAUCGAACAAAGACUAUUAACAAUAAACCUGUCGACAUGGGCAAUAGUUCGCCAAAAAAGCACACUGGCUUAAAACCAGGUGUGAACAGCGGGCCUGCCUCAAAAAAGUCAUCCGCAACACUUCCAUUUCCUGCCGCACCGCCAAUGCCAACAAACAAAUCUUCGUCGUCUUCGUCCGGCAGCAGUAGCAGCAGCAGCUCUCAAGGAACAAAGUACAAUUUUCAAAAAUCAAACUCAUCAGGCAGUCUCUCCACGAAACUCUCCGCCAAUUCUACGGGCGGUGGUGGAAGUUCCCUGACUAAAUCUCACAGUACAAACUCCUUUCAUUCGGAUUCCUUUCGCAAAUCAGCAUCCUCGUCGUCUUCGUCGUCCUCGAGCAACAACAAAUCGCGCUCAAGUUCGGGUUUUAUUGAGAAGAUUACGCCUCGACCAGAUCCCACAGAUAUGAUGAAGAUCCUUCAGUUUGCCUCUCCCAACAUGGCAGCCAUGGAAGGAUUUAUGAAGACCUUCAAUACCAAGUUUCAAAUCCCAAAAUUAUCUGCAAGGAAUUCAAACUCCCAACCUCCUCAUGACGGGGACAAACCUCGACCUAUAUCGGCACCUACAACCCCUGCCCCCUCAUUCACGCCAUCGCCGACGCCAAGCAGUUCCGAGAGCAGUGGCAACAGCAAUGAUUCGAACAAGAAUCCACCGAAAAUCUCCGGCCCCGCCGCACAACCGAACAAAGGUCAGCAACAAGAUUUCUUUAAUCUCGCUUGUCAUACAGGUGUAACCACCAACACCAACACCGCCGCAAAUUUGUCGUCCUCGUCCUCCAUAACCACCCCAUCCUCCUCUGUCCCACCUUCUCAUUUCAAUUCAUACCGUGGUCCACUCAUCGAUACAAACAGUCAUGCGAGUGAUCUCACUAUGCGUCCACCCUUGAAACCCAGUGUGACUGAUGAUUCCUCCUCCUCAACGUCGUCGUCGGUGUCCACUCUGAAAAAUGAUAUCAAACUGAUGCCACCGGUGGUGGUGCAGCACGCACAACCCCCACCAGUUCAAAUUUCCAAUAAACUUCCCUUCCAUCAGCAUCCCCCAUCGCCGUCCGUUUCGGUGCACAUUCUCAAGUCUCCGGUUCCAUCGCCGCUGGUGGUAAUGCCAUCACCUCAUUCCAAUUCGCCCUGUAUCACCGAUGAGGAACUCAUGGAUGACACACUGGUGGGUGUGGCAAGUAAAUGACAAACACUGUUUAUGGUAAGAAUUUAUUGUUCGGACUUUGGGUUUGGGAUUUUCAUCAUCUUUUCCUCCCAUCAUUAUCAUUAUAAUCAUCUUGUUGUUGUUGUUUACGUGUUAUCGUCUUCCUUUGUUUGUUGUAUUGUUGAUUUUCUGCUCGAAAACUCAACGAAGCAUGAGAUUUUGCAAUUUCUAGGAACUUCCUAAUCUUCCAGCAAACACUGUCGGAGUAGUCGGUGAAAAAUUCCCCAAAAGGCUGACACAGCAGCAAAAUGACUUGGAACUGUUUCUCGUUGGGCGUUGAUUUAAACCAGACAUAGACAUCCAGCAUAAGUUUAUAUAAAUAAUGUAUUUUUAAGUAGAUGUUAGAGUUUAUUUUUUCUUCUAUUUGGAGAGGAAACUAACCAAUUUAUUUCUUUUUUGGUUGAUUAACUGAAAAAAAGUUGAAAAAUUAAAUUUUCCAUUCGACAGCACAAAAGUAUGUAUUCAGAUGUUAACAUCCACAAAAAAAAAAUAUAUUAAUAAUAUUAUAUAAACAAAAAUUAAAUAAAAAAACAAAAAUGUCUUAAUUAAGUACAAAAAUAAAAAUAAUAAAAAAAGAAGAUCCCAUUUGGUGACAAAACUUAAUUUCAUAAAUUAAAAACAAAAAAUUAUAAAUUUUCGACAAACAAAAUAAAUAGAAUUAAGUUGGACGAUGCCUUAAGAUGAAAAAUAUUUUAUUUUUUUUUUAAUUUGAACUUUAGUUUAUAAUUAACUUGAAAAAUCGAAACAUUUUAUUUUUCAAUUUGUAUUUUUAAGAGUAUUUUCGGCAUAAACAAAAUGUUUGGCUUCAUUUUUAUUGUAAUUGAAAAAUUUAAUUUGUAAUUUUUUUAUAAUUAUAAUUAUUUUUGCA